GCUGACCAAGAAAGCCCGCUAUUUUAUUGUUCAGUGGAGGGAUGCGUAAGUACCUUUCAACGCCACUAUAAUCUUGAGCGCCACUUGCAUUAUGAAAAAUGCCAUUUUCUCGAGGAGAAACACAGCCUCUUAGACAAGGCGAAGAUGAUGUACUUCGAAAAACUCGAAGAAGGUGCCAGUGCACAGCCUUUUAUAGCGGGCUCAGUUGAGGUAGAAAAGAGGGCGGGGCAUCUGCUAUCACCGGGUUGGGCCCUAAGUUUAACUAAAAAAAGUUCUAGAUUCAAUUUAACGAAAUUAAACGAAAAGUUCAAGAUCGGUGAACAAACUGGACAUAAAACAGACCCGGAAGACGUGGCUAGAGAUAUGAGGCACGCAAAAGAAGAAGAUGGCAGCCGCAUGUUCACACCAGCUGAAUUCCUUUCACCUCAGCAAAUUAAAUCCUAUUUUUCAAGAGCUGCAGCGAAGUUACGUCAGUCCGAAAGUUGCGAUGAUGCUGAUGAGUGCGAUGUUCAAGCCGUUGAAGAGGAAGAUGGGUACUCUUCUGUGCGCUCUCAUAUAAUCCAGGAAUGCCAGCUUGUUCAUCCAGUCAUGUAUGACACGUACAAUCUGUGUGAAAUGUGCGAACAAAGGAAACUGACCAAGCUCAGCGUGUCAAUGUUGCAUUUAAUAUGCUGUUAUUUUGAUCUGAAGUGCGAAGGUGUUUCACUGAAACGUAAAGCACCUUACGUAAAAUUGAUUGAGGGCCUUGUAAAAUCGUGCUCCUGCAACUAA